UUUAUGUGUAACAGGACUUGUGGCGCGGUCAGUACUUGUUGAUAUGGAGCCCAAAGUUAUCUCUCAAGCAAUAGCCAAAGCUUCAAAAUCUGGAAGAUGGAGAUAUGGAGACAAGGCACAUUUCUCCCAGAAGCAGGGCUCUGGAAACAACUGGGCGAAUGGGUUCUGUGUUCAUGGACCACAUCAUGAAGAAGCUGUGGAGGACCUGGUUCGAUUGGAGAUGGAGCGCUGUGAUCGUCUGGCUGGGAUUUUCACCAUGAUGAGUGUUGCAGGUGGCACUGGUUCUGGUGUGGGUACCUACAUCACUCAGCGUUUGAGGGACUUAUACCCCAACUCCUUCAUCCUGAAUCAAGUAACAUGGCCCUAUGGGGCUGGUGAGGUAGUGAGCUUUGAAUUUUAAAAUGUUAGU